AUGGGCCAAACCCCUCUGCACCUUGCCGCCGGCUUGGGCUGUGACGAUAUGGUGCCCCUGAUUCUUCAACAAGGGGCUGUCGUGGAUGCGCUGGAUAUCCAGCGUCGGACCCCCUUGCACCUCGCAGCAAUCGUAGGCUUUUUUCCUGCGGUGGAAGUGCUAUUGGCUGCCGGAGCGGACUUGAGCCUCCACUCUGGUGAUAACGACGAAUCAGCGCUGGAAACGGCUGCCAUUAAUGGGGAUGUGGAUGUAGUGCGAGCAAUGGUGCGGCACGGGGUGGACGUUAAUGCUCGCGACUCUGAAGGCCUCACUGCGCUACACGCGGCCGCUGAGAGCAAUCAGGCAGGCGCGAUCGAUGCGCUUAUCGAAGCAGGAGCGCACGUCAACGCUCGGGGGUGUGUGGAAAGGGCUGCGUUGGCCCUGCUGAGCAAUGGUGCGGACGUGGACGAGCUGGCCAGUUAUCGCCGCACUGCCCUCCAUACUACGGCCAAAAGAGGACACACUUCUGUUGUCAAUGCCCUUCUGGAUGCUGGCGCGAGGCUUCAUCUCCGCACAAACAAGUACGACAGCGGAGAUACGCCGCUAGACUUGGCCGCUAAGAAGGAUCAUGUCGACAUCGUUCAACGGCUAAUCCGGCGAGGUGCCAGGUUGAAUGCCAGAGACGCAGAUGGGUUGACUACCUUGCACAAGACUGCCUCCGAAAACGAGGCAGAUGUGAUCGAUGCGCUUGUGGCAGCAGGGGCUGAAGUGGAUGCCCUUUCUCCAGAGAGCGGCUUUACGCCCCUCCACAUAGCGUCCAUCGACGAGUGCUCCGAGGCCGCCCGCUCUCUCCUGAAGCAUGGGGCUAGCAUCUGCACGAUGGACACCAGCGGUUGCACUCCCCUCCACUUAGCGGCCGACGGAAACUCCUGCGAGAUUAUCAUCACACUCUUGGAGGGCGGGGCUAACGAGAAUUCGCUUUCCGGUGAUGGCGAAGCGCGCCUUCACGUGGCAGCGGCGCGCGGUAGCGUUGCUGCGACACAAGCCCUGCUGGCUGCUGGCGCAAAUGUCGACCUCCCGGCUGACAAAGAUGGCUCGUCACCUCUGUCGAUAGCCGCGUUGAACGGGCACGCCGACGUGACGGAAGUUUUGAAUCGUCACGGAGCGGGUUUGGGCGCGACGGACAGUGAGGGGUCGACUGCUUUGCACCAGGCGGCGUCGGAGAACCAUGCUGGUGUUGUUGACGUGCUUAUCAAGGCUGGGGCGAGUUUGGAAGCGCUGGACAAUGCGUCCAGGACGCCUCUGAUCGUGGCCUUCGACGAUUUCGGCAGGCGUCCGAGAAAAGAUGCGCAUGUCACUAUAGUUGCCCUGUUGAAACAUGGGGCCAACGCAAAUGUGCAGACCAGCGGUUAUCCACUACUUGCGUACGCAGCGCAUGCUGACUCCCUUCCAGUAGUUGAAGCACUCCUCGCCGCUGGUGCGGAGGUAAACGCCGUCAGCAACUUGACUGGGUGCACGGCACUGCAUGUAUCCACGGAGCAUCAGCACUCCGCCGUCCUGGAGGAACUACUUCGGAACGCGGCGGACACGGAGAUACACGCCAUGCGUGGCCAGACUCCGUUGCACGUAGCCGCGGACGGUGGCCAUGUGCACUCGAUCAAUUGUCUCAUCGACGGAGGCGUUAUGGUUGAAGCUCAAGAUGAGGAUGGUCGGACACCUCUUCAUGUUGCUUGUUCGAAACUGGAUUGCUCAGCUAUACACGCCCUCCUGAGAAGCGGCUCCGACAUUCAAGCGGUGGACAACAGCCGGUGCUCUCCCCUUCACCAUGCAGUGAACCGCAUCGGGCAUUGGGAGUCUGCGGCCAACGUGGCUUACGCAGUGAACCUUUUGUUGAGAUGGGGUGCAGAUGAAAACGCCGUAAACUCACAAGGCGAGACCGCUCGGGAAGUUUUACAACGUUUCUCUUCCUUUCCUGCGACGUUCCCGGACGACACGACGCAAGUUCAACGCCUGCUAUCAAAGUCGCCGCAGGAUAAAACAUGGCGUCGUCGCGGCUGGCUAGUCUUGGGUCGCACUAGACCCAACAGGGUAAAGCCGAAAGCCAAGAACGAGGGAGCAAGUACUAGGAGUUCGAUACGGAACGUUCGAGCGCGGGAUUCCGCAACUGGGGCAAGGUUCGACGCUGCGGCGACGCUCGAGCAGGGAGUAGAAGGGACCAUUGCGCCAAGGGAAAGAGAUGCUACUGCUACUGCUGGCUUGAGCAACUUGGUGGCGGCUGUGCUUGGUUUACGCGAGGAAGAUGUUUUCCGGAGUAUCGUGGGGUUCCUGUAA